AUGUCGACGGGAAGUAACGGAGAUCCCGAGCGGCCACGACCGGCCAGCGCGGAGACCACGCAAGACGAGCCGACCGCCUCGGCCGACGCCAUUUCGCGCCUAAAAUUGCCGCCGUUCUCGAGAGCAGACCCGAGAUGCUGGUUCGCGCAAAUUGAGAUGGCCUUCGAGCUGGAACGAAUAGUCAGCGACGACAGAAAAUUCAAGAAACUUGCCAUGAGCCUAGACUCAUCGGUCACUCCACUGGUGAGAGAUUUGAUCAUGCGGCCUCCACGCGAGGAAAGGUACGAGACCUUGAAAACAAGGGUGCUCAACGCCUGCUGCGAUUCCGCUGAGGAUGAUGUGAGGAGACUCCUGCGAGGUUUAAGCAUCGGCGACGACAAGCCAUCCAACUUAUUGUCUCGAAUGAGAAAUCUUGCAGGUGAGCCAUCUGACACGCGAAUGUUACGUGAAUUGUUUCUCGACAGAUUACCUGAAAACGUGCAAGACAUUUUGGCUUGUAACGACACUACGGACCUUAGCAAAUUGGCGAUGCAAGCGGAUCGCAUAAUGGCACGGAAGGGACCACACGUUUCAGCAAUUGAGGGAAAAUCGACCGAGACGGCCCUCGUGUCUUGUGCAAAACACCAACCCGAAAAAGGCAGAGACGCGUUGAUAAUGGAGGUUGCAGAAUUGAGACGAAUUAUCGAGGAAAUGAAUACUGACGACAGGCGUAACCGCUCGCGUAGUAAAACGCCACAGCGGCGACGUACGCAUUCCAGGUCCAGAACGCACACACCAGCCGGAAGGAAAAGCAAAGACCGGAUCUGUUUCUACCAUCGCAGAUUCGCUCAUGAGGCGAGGAACUGCAUACCGCCGUGCGAGUUCGUGCAGAAACCGGAAAACGUCAACGACAGUCGCCAGUAG